UCCAGGGGAAGAAAAGUUGGGCCUAUAUAAGACCCAGUCUCAGAGUCUGGCUCAUCUGUCAAACCAACUUCAACCAUGAUCGCGAUUGUAUGGAUUGGUGCCUUAAUGGUGUCAGCUUCGCUGGCGUACGAACACCCGAUGAAGAGAUUUCAACCAGUCGCUGUAGUUGCUCAACAACGACAAGGAUAUGCUUUGCCGGCUCAAGGUUACGCCAUCGCUCCAGCUACCGAUUUUUCCGCAUCUGCCGGCUACGGAGAUCCACCUCAGUCGGCUGGAUACGGAGCCCCUCCGGCUUCCGGAUACGCGGCUCCUGUCGCCUACCCCGUUCCGGUUUACCCAACUGCCUACGAAUACCCUGAGGAAGAAGAAGAAUCUAAAUGGACAAAGUUAGCCGGAAAGUUCCAGAAGGGCAUCAAGGGAGGCAUGGACAAUGUGGAGAAAGGCAUCAAGGGAGGCAUGGACAAUGUGGAGAAAGGCAUCAAGGACUCGAUGAACAGGCAGAAGGAGGGCUUGAAAAACAUGAAGGAGAUGGUCAAGAGCACCGCUGCCAUGAAGAAAGAAAAAAUCCAAGAAUUCAAAGACACCAUUAAAGAACAUAUGAAGAGCAAGAAGCAGAAUCCUGUUGAAGAGUACGACACUUAUGCACCAGCUUACCCAGCACCAGUUUACUAUCCACCUGCUCCUGUCUACGCAGCUCCAGUGUAUUCGCCACCAGCUUAUUCUGCUCCAGCCUAUCGGGAGCCUUCUUACUCAGCACCUGCUCCAGCACCUUCUUACUCAGCACCUUCUUACCCGGCACCAUCUCUCCCUGAACCAAGUUAUUCUGCACCAGCACCAGCUUCCUCGUACCCAGCUGCCCCAUUUUCUUCAGUGCCAUUCCCGUUGACCAAUCCAUCUGCAUACAGCUCUUUCCAAUCAGGUGGAUUUUCAGGACAAGAAGGGUCCAGCAAUUUUGAUUCAGUUCCAUCUUUCCCCGCUGGUCCUUUGCCCGUGCCG